AUGGCUACUUUGCACCGGGAACGCGUCCAACACGCGUUGAACGAGCUCCUGGUCCGCAUUGUGCCCGAGGACCCCGAAGAAGACGAGGAUACAGCGAAUCAACGCUUCGAAGAUGCCUUUGACUUCGCCAUGGAGACGCUGACGGGCGCUGGCGAUGCUGCCCUGGUGCCCGAUGUCCACCACAUCGCCAGCUUGAUAGACCAAAAAGUAUCUGGGCCGCACAACGACCGGCAGAAAAGCGCGCGCCUGCACAACCUUCUCUCCCGCCUCGAAACACAGACAGUCCUCGACCAGAAAUGGCGCAUGCUAUACUUUCUGUACAUGCUGGGCGACCAGCCUGGCCCCCCCGAGCAAAAUCCGUCUCCACCUGCAGUUCAACAGAUCCAGUCCCGUGACCGUGACCGUGACCGUGAACAUAACCGUAACCGUAACCGUGACCCUACAACACCCUCCAAGAGCCAUCAAACGGGAUCCCAGGCGCCAGCCUUUCGAGAGGCCUUUGCGAAGCCCGGCCUCACGCAGCUCCCUGCCAAUACCGGUUCGCCCAAGGCCACAUCAAGAUCCACGCCAGUCGUGGAGAAGCACGACAAACGGCGGGAGAAACGUACCCAAGAGCAUAACAAGGAGCAGCCAUCCGGUGUAGCAGCAGCAGCAGCAGCAAAAACCGACAUGGGGCCGUCGGAACCUGCGCUUCUCCGCGAUUUGCCCUUCACUCUACAAGGACUAUCUUCUACGAACCUCGUCUUUGCCUCUUCUACUGCGCUCAAGCUCCCGUCGAACCUGCCUGUGCCCAUCAUCAGCCUACUACAUAGCCUGGCCGAACCUGCCAUCUUGUAUCGCGGCCUAGCUGAGUUUGUUGACUCUGGCGGUGGAGGCCUUAUCGGACAAAGCUUCCAGUCAGCUCUAGCCAAAGAACUACGAGCAUACCUGGGUCUGGUUGCAACUUUGGAGGGCCAGAUUAGGCGUGCAAUGACGCAGCUGAGCCAGAAUUCUGCCCAUCAAGGCGUCUCCAAAGCUGGUGUAACACUCAAGCGAUGUCUGAUCUGGACAAGGGAACCUACAAUGGGCCUGCGUCUGAUGACGCUUAUGGUGGAGGAGUCCAAGAAGAAAAAAGGAGGGCAGCUCAUCGCCCUCAUUCACUCCUUCUCACUCAAUCACGGCGACCCCUAUGUCAUGGCAUUUGCAGAACGCUUACUUUCGGACGUCACUCGGCCCUUCUACGAUAUGCUUAGACAAUGGGUCUAUGACGGAGAGCUCUCCGAUCCUUACGGCGAGUUCUUUGUUUCCGAGCAGAGCGAAGACGAAAUUGUCGAGGCGAAUGGCAACGAGGGAAAAGGUGGUGCAACGAGCGUGUGGGAGGAUAAAUACAGAUUGGAUGGCAAGAUGGUACCAACUAUCGUCACCGAGGACUUUGCCAGAAAGGUCUUUUUGAUCGGCAAGACGCUGAACUUCAUCCGAUAUGGCUGUGGGGAUGCUGCCUGGGUGGACACUUAUUCGAAAGAGGCUUCAAAAGAGCUGCAGUACGGAGACACGGCCAAUCUAGAGCGAUCCAUUGGUGAUGCUUAUAAGACCACCAUGGCCCGCCUCAUUGACCUCAUGGCCAACAAGUUCAAGCUUUUCGAUCAUCUACAAGCACUGAAGAAGUACAUGCUGCUCGGUGCCGGUGAUUUCAUCGCCGUUUUGAUGGAAUCUCUGUCAUCCAACCUCGAUCGACCAGCAAACACACAAUACCGUCAUACACUUACUGCUCAGCUUGAGCACGCUGUGCGUAACUCGAAUGCGCAAUUCGACACAUCAGACGUCCUUCGUCGGCUUGAUGCGCGUAUGCUUGAGCUUUCGCAUGGAGAAAUUGGCUGGGAUGUCUUCACCCUAGAAUACAAGAUUGAUGCACCGGUCGACGUCAUUGUUACACCAUUCGGCUCAAAGCAAUACCUCAAGGUAUUCAACUUCCUCUGGAGAGUCAAACGUGUUGAGUUUGCUCUCGGUUCUACGUGGCGGCGGUGCAUGACGGGCGCUCGUGGUGUUCUUGGCACAGUCACCGACAAGGUCGGCGCCGACUGGAAACAGGCGCGUUGUGCAAUGGCCGAGAUGGUGCAUUUUGUGAAUCAGCUUCAACACUACAUCCUGUUUGAGGUCAUUGAGUCAUCCUGGAUUGAUCUUCAGAAGGCUCUAAACAAACCGGAGAGUACCUUGGAUGAUAUGAUCGAAGCGCAUGCCAAGUACCUCAACAACAUCACAAGGAAAGGGUUACUCGGAAGCCAAAGCAUCGACUUCACUGGCCAAUUGCAUGAACUCCUGAAGACGAUGCUAGCAUACAAAGAUGCCGUCGACGGUCUUUAUUCCUUCUCCGUGGCUGAGUUCACCCGCAGGCAGGAGCACGCGGCCAAAAUAGAGACACGAACAGCCGCCGGCCGAUGGGGUCUGACGGAGAAAGACGUACAGCCAUCGUCUCCAGACCCAUUCGCUACUGCCCGUGCAGCUUCUCGAUCGGACUCGGAUUCGCCCUUCGCACCACCGCUUCUCAAGAUUGGUGCUAGUGGCUUGGGUGAGGACGACGUGCUCCCUGCUCUUCAAAAGCGCUUGGGUGCAUUGGUCGAAGACUUCAAGAGUCGGAUCAGCGUACUACUUGGCGACUUGGUACAUUCGCCUGAUGGUGAGCUUAAGAUGCUUGCUGUCAACAUCAAUUUCAAUGAUGUCUAUCAACCUUCGCGCCGACGUAGGAAAAGCGAAAGGAAGCGCGAGAAGGACAAAGAGACCCCAAAGCCUGUUCCAACAACUGCUGCCAGCUAG